ACGUAAAUAGCAAACAUAACCUAAAAUUUGACGUUUGUAAAAAGCGUAAAAAUAUUCCCACAAAAGUUUUUGUCGAGAAAUAAAUAAAUAAAAGCCAUAAUCUAGAUUUAAAAUUAGUGUUGUUGUAAAAGUGAAAUAAUAAUAAAAAAAGAAAAUGUCCGAAGAUGAAAUGGAAAGUUUUGAGAUCACAGAUUACGAUCUUGACAAUGAAUUUAAUACAAAUCGUUUUCGUCGAAAACUUACUAAACAACAACAAAUGCUUGGAAUGUGGGCCGAUAGUGAUGAGGAAGAAGAAACGAGUAGACCUUCAUUUAGAAAUACGAAAAAAGUUCCAAAAAAUUAUACGGCACCAGUUAGUUUUGUUUCUGGAGGUAUUCAACAAUCGGGAAAACCAAAGGAAGAGAAAAAGGCAGAUAAAAAUGCUGAUGAUGAUGAUGACGAUGAUGAUGAUGAUGAUGAUACGGGUAGACCUCGAAGAGGUGAUGCCGAUUAUGUUCCAAAUAGUUCCAGUGAUUCGGAAAAUGAAGGUCCCAGCAAUAUGAGGACACGUAAACAAUUUUCGUUAAACUUAGAGGGUGAAAUUGCUGGUUUAAGAAAAAAGAAAGCACCACUUAAUCCUGCACUUAUAGAAACAGGCAUGGGAACCUGGGAAGUACACACACGAGGGAUUGGAGCAAAAAUUCUACUUCAAAUGGGUUUUGAACCCGGUAAAGGUUUGGGUAAAAAAUUGCAAGGUAUCAGCGCCCCUGUUGAGGCGCAUUUACGUAAAGGACGCGGCGCAAUUGGUGCUUAUGGUCCAGAAAAAUUUGCCAAAGUCCCAGAAAAAAAGAAAGAGAAAACCAAUGACGAUGUAAAGGAGCAAAAAGUUAAAGUUUCACAUUGGCGUAAGGGCGAUGCAACUGUCAAUAAGAAAAAAACAAAAUACACCUAUCGCAGUGUCGAUCAAGUACUCGAGGAUGGAAAACAUCGAAUGAAUCGAAAAAUACCGGCAACUAGCGAAAUGAGCCGCGUUAAAGUUAUCGACAUGACUGGUCCCGAACAACGUGUCUUAAGCGGUUAUCAUGCAAUUGGAAGCGGUCAACAACGUCCCGAUGAGACAAUUUUAAUAAAUGAUAAAAAAUUAAAGUGUAAUUUUUCCGUACCCGAACUUCAGCAUAAUUUAAAUCUUCUCGUUGAUAUGUGCGAGCAGGAUAUAAUACAAAAUAAUCGACGGAAUGUAACGCUUGGCGAUCGUUUAAUUGCCCUUGAGGCUGAGAGGACACGUAAUUUUAAAAUUGUUGAUCAUCAGAAAAAGUUAAUUGACACUUUAGAAGAUGUUUUGUGUAUUGUCAAUCGUUUAAUGGACGAGAGCAGUGAAUUGACAUUGACGCAAACAGCUGAGGCUUUUAAAAAUCUUCAGGACAAAUAUCAUGAGGAAUAUAAACUCUAUGAAUUGGGCGAAUUGGCCAUUAGUUUGGUGUGUCCAAAAAUUAAGGAAUCAUUGACAUCGUGGAAUCCGCUCAUGCAACCGAGACAAUCGAUUGAUUUGUUUAAACAGUGGAAGGAGAUUUUGGAAAUUGGAAAAACAACUCUUCAAUCGAGUUCAUUGCAACCUUAUGAUCAACUUGUAUGGAACGCUUGGAUGCCUUCAAUCAGAGGAGCCGUUUUGGAGUGGACCUGCAGACACCCGGAUCCCCUAAUCGAUCUGAUUGAAAAUUGGAUGCCCCUGUUACCAGUUUGGAUUUUCGAGAAUAUCCUCGAUCUUCUGGUUCUUCCGAAACUCACGCUUGAAGUUGAAGAAUGGAAUCCAUUGACCGACACGGUACCAAUUCACACUUGGAUCCAUCCUUGGCUUCAGCUCUUACGUCAUCGACUUGACAAUUUAAUUUAUCCGAUAAUUCGACGUAAACUUGGUUCGGCUCUGGGUGGAUGGCACGCUUCGGAUAGGUCGGCACGUUUAAUGCUUGAGCCAUGGGCUGAAGUUUUUACACCCGGUGAUUUAGAGGCAUUUUUAGUGAAAAAUAUUGUGCCGAAAUUGCAGAUUGCCCUCAGUGAACUUGUGAUAAAUCCACAUCAACAAAUUCUCGAUCAAUGGCAUUGGGUUUAUGAGUGGAAGGAACUUUUGCCAAAGCACACAAUGGUUGGUCUACUUGAUAAAUUCUUCUUUCCAAAAUGGUUGCAAAUAUUGGCACUUUGGCUGAAUAGUUCACCAAAUUAUGACGAGAUCACGCACUGGUACUUGGGCUGGAAGGGAAUGCUCAGCGAGAAAUUACUCGCCGAACCGGUAAUUAGUGAAUAUUUCAAAAAGGCAUUGGAAAUGAUGAAUAGAGCUGUUUCCGUGCCACAAGGACUUCAACCGGGAGCCGUUGAACAAGUUUCAUAUUUGACAAUUCUCGAGAGAAGUCAACCUGUUCACCAAAUACCUUCUAAUAUUCAGCCGAGAGUUGAGAGUAUUGCGGAAGCAAUGAGAAUCGUGAAUCAAAUUCCACAUGGAUUCAAAGAUUUCGUGCAAAAGAAAUGUGAGGAACGAGGAAUUCUCUUUAUGCCAAUACCAAAUAAAUAUCGAGAAGCAAAACAAGUGUACAAAGUGGGAAAUUUACAGGCGUACAUUGAUGGAAAGGCUCUUUUUGUUUGCCAUGGCGGUACUAAUUGGGUGCCAACUAAUCUCAACACUUUACUUGACAAGUGUGAUAUGUAAAAAAUAAUUUAUAUAUAUAAAUUUAUAUAUAUGUGUGUAAGAUACAUUUGUACAAAGUA